AUGGCGGCCCCAGGUUCUUUGAAUCUGGGAUCCACGGCUGUUAGCACGCAAGUUACUGCACCAGCAAGUGUUGUCUCUAUGACCUCAGCUACUUUAAGCUCAGGUCCAGGAACAACUUUGCCAUUCAUCUUACUCCCUACUUCGCAAACAUCAGAGUUCGAUGCAGAAUUUCUCGCCAAAAAUGCAAGUCUUCUACGAAGAUUAAAAGCACAACAGGCCAGAGAUGAACAGAUCCUCGGUUUGCGAACCAGGCUCUUUCAUGACGAAGCACCAACGGGGACUAUGGGUCCCACAAUGAUCACUCCUACAUUUUCCACAGUCGUCACUUCGGAAACCUAUACUGGAUAUGUACAAGGUUCCUCCGGACCUUCACCAGUAAUGACUACGCGAAAUGAAACACAGAUGGAUGUAAUUAGCGAUCCGGAACUUACCAAGCCGUACCAUCCAGUUUCUAUGACAGCCAAGUCGAAGUUUAGUGCUCGUAUAAGACAUGCCAAACUUCCUCCAAAGCUCAAAAUGCCAACUACGGUGAAAAAGUACGACGACACAACUGAUCCGGAUGAUCAUAUGUUCGAUUUUGACGGAGCUGCACGAGUUGAACAAUGGCCGAUGCCAGCAUGGUGCUUUAUGUUCGCACAAACUCUAACUGGAGCCGCACGAGUAUGUUUUGAUGCGUUGAAUGAAGGUGAGAUCAACGACUUUGAGGAGUUCCGAAGGUUAUUCCUCCAAAAUUUCAGCCAGCAAAGGCACUACUCUAAAGAAAUUACCGAAGUCCACAACAUCCGAAGAAAGGACGGAGAGUCUUUAGACAGUUUCAUUGACCGGUUUAACCGGGAAAGCAUGCAGAUCAGUGGGGUAGUUGAUCAACUACGUAUCUCUGGAUUCUGUCACGGCGUUCGGAAUAAUCAGCUAGUCGAAAAAUUGCACGAAAAUCUCCCAAAGACAAUGGAGGUACUCAUGGAGCGGGCCAGAGCUUUCGCUCGAGGCAAGAACGCAUGUAAUCCUGCUCCAGAGUCAGAUCACAAGAUGUCUUCGUGGAAGAAAAAUGGUGGAUCGGUGUUUGAUAAGACUCCACCGGGGAACAGGGGACGAUCACACCCUUACAGUAGAAACGACAGACCUCCGCGAGGGAAAAGCUCCGGGUCAAGAUUUUACAAUUUAUCGGAUCUCUCCAAAACUCCCAGUGAAAUUCUCAGUGCGGAGGGGAUGAAUUUCCCCGCUCCACCAAAACUUCGAAACCCAGGAGACAAAAAUUCUAAGAAAUAUUGUGACUACCAUCAUGCUCGGGGUCACAAUACAGAUGACUGUUGGUCUUUGAAGCAAGAAAUAGAAAAGGCAGUACGGUCCGGGAAGCUAUCGCACCUAGUCAAAGAAGUAAAGGAAGGAAAAUCUUCAGGGAAUUCGGGAGAUAAUCCGAACAAUCAACCAGCAAUUUGCAUGAUCCGUAGGGCAAACAACCAAGGCAUCAAGCGGUCCAGUCAGCAUUUGGCCGCCUGGAUGCAGCAGCCCAUUGGUUUCCCACCCGUCAGUCUGGAAGAUAUCAAGGACGGACCGGUCAUAGUAUCCGCAAUCAUUGCAGGACACAAGGUUCGAAGAGUAUACGUCGACAGUGGAAGCGCCACCGAGAUUAUGUACAAGCAGUGCUUUCAACAGUUAGCCCCACAGACAAAGGCGAAAUUGCUCCGAGUAUCAAUGCCUCUGGUCAGUUUCUCCGGAGAGGUGGUCCAGCCUUUAGGCCAAAUCACUCUGCCAACAACGAUGGGGGAAGGGAGUUUGGUUCGAACUGUCAACUUGACGUAUCUAGUGGUUGAGGCAAGGUCCGUCCACAAUGUCAUACUCGGAAGACCUGGUAUGUGCGCCUUCGGAAUGAUCAGUUCAACCAUACAUGGAGCAUUAAAAUUCCCCACCGAAGCAGGGAUAGCAACACUAUACUCCGAAUCAACGAUCGGUGUAGCCGAAAUACGAUAG